GAGAACAGGCUGAGCUCCCCUCCAAUGGUGCGCAAGACGGCACAAAGGGAUCUACUCCCUCCCCCUUUCACAGCAGUACAGUGAUGAGGGGUGUAGAGAAGGAAGAUGCUCCCUUUGUACCGGUUAUAGUGCCGUUUCCAGCACCGGAAUUCGUGGAUUUACUGUCUUAAAAUGAGGAAUACAAUCAGCUCCAGGUGUGGAUGCAGGAGAAACACUUACUAAUGGAAAGAGCGAGAAUAUCAGGGAGAUGAAACGCGCAACAAACGAAGGGUGGAAACGGGCAGCGCUGCGGCUGCUUGGGUUCUGUUUUUUGUGGGAUUUAACCGGAGCUCAGAUUCGCUACGCCAUACCAGAGGAGCUAAAGGAAGGCUUUGUGGUUGGAAAUCUCGCUAAGGACCUCGGUUUAGACGUCUCUGAUAUCGCCUCCCGUAAGUUACGAUUAGCAUCUGAGUCGAGCAGAGAGUAUCUCCGUGUGGAUUCAGGAAAGGGGGAACUGGUGGUGAAUGAUAGAAUCGAUAGGGAAAGCAUUUGCGCUCAAAGCGCCGCGUGUGUUCUACCACUGCAGGUAGUCAUUGAGAAUCCUUUACAGCUGCACCGUGUUGAGAUAGAGAUACAAGAUAUAAACGACAACUCGCCGAAUUUUCACACAAUAGAUGGCACGCUGAAAGUGUAUGAAUCGAUUGCUCCUGGAGCUCGAUUUCCUCUCGAAAGUGCUGAAGAUCUAGAUGUUGGAAGUAACAGCCUGAGCUCUUAUUCACUAAGCAGAAGCGAGAUUUUCCGUCUAAAUGUAAAAACCCUAAAAGAUGGGAGAAAAGUGCCAGAGCUGGUUGUUGAGAAACCACUAGAUAGAGAAAAACAGCCCGUUCACAAGCUGAUAUUAACAGCUUUGGAUGGUGGAAAUCCGGUGAGAUCUGGCACAGCUUUAUUACAGAUAAUUGUCCAAGAUAUUAAUGACAAUGAACCAAAAUUUGAACUUGCUGCGUACAAAGCUCUGGUACCUGAAAGUGCUGGCGUUGGUUCAAGCGUCAUGACUAUAAAAGCCACCGAUGUAGACGAAGGCUUAAAUGGCGAAAUCCAGUAUCUUUUUGGUGCACAUACCACCGAUCUGGUCAAACGAGCUUUCAAAGUGAACCCUGACACAGGAGAUAUUACAGUGAUUGGAAACUUGGAUUACGAGCUCACCAAAUCAUAUACGUUCGAUGUUUGCGCAAAAGACAAAGGGAACCCAGAGCUGGAGGGUCAUUCUUCAGUUCAGAUUGACAUUAUAGAUGAGAACGAUAACCCUCCUGAGAUUAUUCUCACGUCGCUGCCCAGCCCUGUGCCAGAAAACGCCACAGUGGGGACCGUGGUGGCCCUAAUUAAUGUCAGAGAUUUGGACUCCGGUGAAAAUGGUAAGGUCCAGCUAAAUAGCCCUCCUGAUUUUCCUUUUAAACUCAAGCCAUCCUUUGGCAACCACUACUCACUGGUAACUAACUCAGCCUUAGACCGUGAACAUACAUCAGAAUACGAUGUAGAAAUAGUUGCCCGUGAUUCUGGCGCGCCGUCGUUGAAAACGACGAAAUUCGUCAGUGUGAAAGUUCUCGAUGUUAAUGACAACCCACCCGUUUUCUCUCAGCCCUCUUACAGCGUUUAUGUAAAAGAGAAUAAUCCAGCAGGAGGUCCGCUUUUUUCAGUGAAAGCUUUUGACGCUGACAAAGACAAGAACGCCGUGCUCACAUAUUCUAUCGUGGAUUUGCAUUUGAAUCAAGUUCCAACAUCGUCCUACUUCUAUAUAAACUCUGAGAACGGCACCAUUUACAGCAUGAGCUCUUUCGAUUAUGAGAAGUUAAAGAUUUUGGACGUUAUUGUCCAAGCGAAAGAUCACGGUUCUCCGUCUCUGAGCAGCAACGCCACAGUCCACGUGUUCAUCCUGGACCAGAACGACAAUGCCCCCGCGGUCAUCUACCCCUCUGCAGUCAUGGGCUCCGCCUCUCAUCAGAGGAUGCCCCGCUCCGCUAAAGCAGGACACCUCGUCACUAAGGUCACGGCAGUGGACGCUGACUCGGGCCAUAACGCCUGGAUCUCCUAUUGGCUCGCGGAGGCCGCGGACGCGUCUCUGUUCAGCGUCAAUCUGCACACAGGAGAGGUGAGGACUAAGCGCUCCGUGUCCGAGCAGGAUGACUCCUCUCAGAGGCUGCUGAUAGAGAUCAAGGACAACGGAGAGCCCGUGCAGUCCACCACGGUCACCGUGGAUGUGCUGAUAGAGGACGGCUUUCAUGAGCCCGUCUCAGACUACCGCAAGAAAAGCGCGGAGGUCAGUAAGAAAAGCGGGAAAAUCACUCUGUACCUGAUCAUCUCUCUCGCUUCUGUUUCGCUGCUGUGUUUGAUGACGUUCUUCAUCUUGCUGGUGAAAUGCGCUCGAGGCAGUAGAGGCAGCUCGAGCUGCUGUAUCAGGCGGAGCGAGUCUGGAUAUAAAAACCCCAACAGAAACCUGCAGAUCCAGCUCAACACUGACGGCCCCAUUAAGUAUGUGGAGGUGCUGGGAGGAGACAUGAUGUCUCAGAGUCAGUCGUUCGGCUCCUAUCUCUCUCCAAUGUCCGAGUUCAGUGAUUUCACCCUCGUUAAGCCCAGCAGCACCACUGACUUCACAGACACGCUCAACGUGCUGGAUGCGUCCUUACCUGACAGCACGUGGAGGUUCGAGAGCCAGCAGCAAAAGCCACCUAACAAUGACUGGCGCUUACCCCCAAACCAGAGACCCGGACCAAGUGGCCAGCACAGGUUCCACACCCUGCAGCAGAGGUGGACUCCCUACGAGAAGUCCAGAGCGGGACCUCGUCCUGAAGAGGCCGGUGCAGGUGCAGUAGGCGGGACAGGACCGUGGCCCAACCCCCCCACCGAAGCCGAACAGCUCCAGGCUCUGAUGGCUGCUGCUAAUGAAGUGAGUGAAGCCACAGCGACUUUGGGUCCUCGCUACAAUGCGCAGUACGUUCCCGACUACCGCCAGAACGUCUACAUCCCAGGCAGCACCGCCACACUUACGGCUAACCCCCAGCAGCAGAUGCCCCAGCAGGCUCUGCCUCCACCCCAAGCCCUGCCUCCAGCAGAGGCUCCGAAGGCCGCCCCAACUCCGGCCAGCAAGAAAAAGGCCACGAAGAAGGACAAGAAGUAAGGCAGAGUGACGCGUUGGCAUAGCGGUGGAGAAUGAUCAUAGCUGUGGGGAUCUGAGCGUUUCUCCUCUGCACUUGUUAGCUUUUCCCUCGCUAGAAUGUUUCAACCCCUUAAACUCUGGGCUUGGUAUUCAUUUGUGUCCAUUAUCCAGGACCCACCACGGAGUAUUCAGUAGCUACUAUGAAACUACUACGUAGUUACGAGAGGAAUGGAAGUCUUAGAGUUUAAGGGGAUACUAAUCAGAAUAUCCUUUUGUUGUGAGAUGACGCAUUUAAGCUAUGUUAACCUCCAUUUUUGUUUUGUUCCAUAUUAUUUUGAUGCAAACGAAUCACCCGUUUCUUUUUCAGUUUGUUUCUGUUUUUGGUAUUUUUUUUGUACUGUGCUGUUGAAAUGGUGACAUCAAGAGGGACUAAAUAGGGCGAGAUCUGUUCAGAUUCCAAAAGCGACCCUCUAGGCGGGGAAAUCUGUCCUGUAAGAUAGCAUAACUGAAGAAAAAAUACUGAUCCUUUGUCGCGUUAAGGCUUUUUUGUGUUCAUUUUAAUGCAAAGUAGAUCCUUCUUGUGGUAAACAAGAAUGAAAUAUGUCGGUAUUAGGUUUCUAAAGAGGAUGUGCCAUAGCCCCCAGAGGUCCUGAUUUGUUUUUGCAUGAGCCACUUCGACAUGAAUAGGAGUAUUGAAAAUGAACUAUGCAGUGCGGGUAAGAUAUUAAAUUGAAAGUCACAAGUUGCAGUAAAUGUUAACCGUAGAGAAAAUUAGAAAAUGCAUUUUUCAUGCAAAAAAAAAACCACCAGCAACUGAAAAGUUGGGCUGUUUGCAUUGUAGGAAAAAGGAAUACGAUUGGAUAUGGUGUCAUUACAUUUGUGAGAAUAAUUAAAGCAAUGUGAGGUUAAUGAUAGGUAAACAGCUAUUAUCAAUGGCUGAAUCCAGCGGUUGAACUCUAUUAUAGCUGUAAAUCAAUCCUGUGGACUCGCAUCAGACGAAGUACGCCACGUUUUCUAAACCUUGGAUAAGGUGGCAGUUACUCAAGGUUUUUGGUCUAUGAGUUAUGCCAUACUGGUUGAGUGAAUGGGGGGCUUGGGCACCCAGAGUGAGAGUUAUGUUAAAGUGCUUAAAGGGGAUGGUGUCUGGGUUGGUGGGAUUGUUCUUCACAUGUUUGGGGUUGGUUAGAAGCUAGGAAGGUGUAGGUAGAUCAACUGGAUGCUCAGUUGGAUUGAAGGAAGCAUGGAUGAACAUGUAAAGUACUGAUGAUGUUCUAAAGUGGCUCUCAAGCAAAUGAAGAUACUUUUCAGUUGACCCAUCCAUGCUCCACCCAUUAAUCCAUUCCUUCAUAGCAAAUGCUGGGAAGCUGGACAAGAUUUACAGGCCACCGGCAAAAAUCCCAUUCAGAGGUUCCUAAGUGGCGCAACUGCCUAAUUAGUGGCCCCAUCUCUGGGAGCUCGCUAGGCCCGUCCAUGGCCAGGAGUCCGAGACAGCAUCAUUUCUGGGUGGGUAUCACUCCACGCGAUUAUAGGCAGCAUGGACAUCUGUUAGCAUUAGCAGCAGUUUUAAAAGAUGCCACGUCUUGGAGGAAGCAUGUGCCGCUCUUCACCCUCUCAGCUUGGUAGCAUCAUGUGACACAUUAGGAGGACACCUAACUCGCUGAUGGGAAUUCGGCAUGAAAAAACUGGGGACAUAUCAAAGAAAAUUUUGUUUAGAUUUGCUUCAUAAUGGGAAUUUCCAGUUUAAUAUGCUAUGCUGUCAAGCUGGACUGUGCUGUCGUGAUUGAAACUGAGCUACGUUGGAUCUACUCCAACAUAAUGGCCUUUCAUACGUGUAUCCUGACCAGCACUGAGCUUUGUGCAACGGUGGCUUCGACAGAACGCAGUUGUGGGAGGAGCAUGCAUGGCUCAACUGGGAAUAACACCAGGAAAACUCACUUUAGGCCACUCCAUGCUUGGCCAGCCCUCUUCUACUCUGCACAACCCUAAACGCACCAACCCUUCAUCACAAUGUAAAUAAGAUAUGUAACCUGUCUGUAUAAACUAGCGCCACAAAGAUCAGGCUAGCACAGGAAUGUUUCAGUAUUUUUUAGAAAAUAAAAGAAAAGCUAAAAAAAAGAGAAGGAAAGAAAGAAAGAAGAGAAAAACUGAUCAAGUUGUAGUGCUAUAGACACAAAAGCUUCAAGCUCACUGACUAACCCAACUGUAAAUACAACCUGCAGUCUCUGCAAGACACGCAAUCGUAGCUUAGGGCUUGUGAAAAUUUGUGCAUAUUUUUGUGUUUUUCCUUCUCUUUCGCUUUAUUUCUUCGAUCACCUGAACUUUGAAAACGAAAAAAAAAAAAAAAUAGCCUAUGGUUUUUAGCGUGCUACCCCAUCCCAUCUCUCUAGAGUCUUCUGUGUUUGUAAUUACAGUCAACUCUUAAUGCUACCGGAAUGCCAUUCCUGUCUGUUUAACUAUGAAUCUAUCUAUAUAUAUAUCUAAAUGUCUGUCUGCUGCUUGAAUACCUUUCUGUAUUCGACCGUGAUUACCUUCUUUUAAAAUGCUUAGCGCUUCAUGUUACGCUUUUAUUUUAUAAUGCAGAUAUUUAUAUGGCUGUUUCUUUGUUUAUGUUCUUGUUUAUUAAUGGAACACUUACAUUUCAAAUAAAAGUUUGUCAGAACUCA